AUGGCUGCCCCACGAAAACCAACGCUCCCCGUUCCCGGCAAGGAGAACAUUCUCAUCACGAGUGCCCUGCCCUAUGUGAACAACGUUCCGCAUCUCGGCAACAUCAUUGGCAGUGUUUUGUCGGCCGACGUCUUUGCUCGCUUCUGCAGGGCUAGAGGUCUGCCAACCAUCUACAUUUGCGGUUCCGACGAGUACGGCACCGCAACAGAGACAAAGGCGCUUUCGGAGGGUGUGGAUCCCGCGACUCUUUGCGCCAAGUAUCACGCGAUUCACAAGGAGAUCUACGACUGGUUCCGGAUCGACUUUGACACCUUUGGUCGCACGCCCACAGAUGAGCACACUGAAAUCGUGCAGUCUGUCUUCAAGCACUUGUGGAACAAUGGCUACAUUGAGCAGCGCGAGACCACUCAGGCAUACUGCCCCGAGCACGAGUCCUUCCUGGCUGAUCGUUAUGUAGAGGGAGAGUGCUCUCUGUGCCAUGACAAGGGUGCUCGUGGUGACCAGUGCGAUGCCUGCGGUAACUUGCUCGACCCUAUGGAGCCCGAUCUUGAUGCUUCUGGCAACCAGGAGACCAAGGCUACCGGGUGGCUUAUCAACCCCAAGUGCAAGCUUGACGGCACGACUCCUAUCAAGCGUCAGACCAAACAUCUUUACCUUCGGUUAGAUGCCCUUCAGGGAGAGAUUGAGACGUGGAUUGCUUCGGCCAAGAAGGACUGGAGUGCCAACUGUACCUCGAUUACCUAUUCAUGGCUCGACCAAGGCCUCAAGCCUCGCGGCAUCACUCGUGAUCUCAAGUGGGGUGUACCAAUUCCCACUGGUCUCGACGGUCUUUCUGAGGAGGACUUUGCCAAGAAGGUGUUUUAUGUGUGGUUUGACGCCUGCAUCGGUUAUCCAUCAAUUACCAAGACAUUUACCGAUGCUGGGAACCCGAGCGGCACCAACUGGGAGAAGUGGUGGAAGAACCCUGAGGAGGUGUCUCUCUACCAAUUCAUGGGCAAGGACAACGUGCCCUUCCACACCAUCAUCUGGCCUGCGUCGCAGAUCGGCUCCAAGGAAAACUGGACCAAGGUCAAGACCUUGUCCACCACCGAAUACUUGAACUAUGAGGGCGGCAAGUUCAGCAAGUCCAAGGGUGUUGGUGUCUUUGGUAACAAUGCUCGGGAUACUGGUAUUGAUCCUGAUAUCUGGAGAUUCUACCUUCUCUCCAGACGCCCGGAGACCAGUGAUUCAGAGUUCAAGUGGGAGGAAUUUGUUGACGUCAACAACAACGACCUUCUCAAGAACCUCGGCAACCUUUGCCAGCGUGUCAUCAAGUUCACUCAGGCCAAGAUGGGCAGCGUGGUUCCCGACUUUGACCUUUCCAAGUUCCCUGCUCUCCAGCAGCACAAGGAUGAAGUUAACAAGCUUCUCCAUGAGUACAACACUACUCUCAGGGGCCUCAAGCUUAGACACGGUCUCUCGGUCAUCAUGGCUAUCUCUGGUCUUGGUAACAAGCUUCUUCAAGACAACAAGCUCGGCAACCAGCUCAUUGCUGAGGAGCCUGAGCGCUGCAAUGCAGUCAUCGGUAUCGCUCUGAACCACAUUCACCUCCUUGCCAACGUAUUGGCUCCUUAUAUGCCCGGCAAAUCCCAGGCUAUCCUCAAGCAGCUUGGUUUCGACGGCGAGGGCCAGACCGCCAGCAUCCUCGAUGUCUGGGAGGCUGAUGCUAUCAAGCCCGGCCACAAGCUUGGCGAGCCCGAGCUGUUGUUUGCUACCAUCCCAGCGGCCAAGAUUGAGGAGUGGCGCGAUGCUUUCGGUGGUGAGGAGCUUCGGAAGAUCAAGGAGGCCGAGGCUAAGAAGGCUGCCGAGAAGAAGCUCGCGAGGGAGAAGGAGAAGGAGAAGAAGAAACUCAAGAAGGAGAAGGAGAGAGCCGAGAAGGAGGCUGCUGCUGCCGCCGCCGCCGCCGCCGCUUCUGGUCAGGCUGCUGCUCCCAUUGCUGCUGGGGAAACCACAACGCUGCCACUUCGUCCUGCGCCUGCAAAGGCCACAGUGGAGGAGCCUGCACCAAAGAACUGA